GCACCAAGAGGUCAAUUCUUCCAUUAGACCAAAGCAACUUGGCUUAGUCCCUUAAUCUUCGUAUCCAUUUCACAAAAGUCGCCCAAUGGUACACAGGUAAAGCUCAUCUUCUGCUCGUUUCCCCAUCAUUUUCAGCACCGUUCCGGGCGAGCUGCCUGGAUCCCACACCCCAAGUUCCUAUUUCCGUGCAAUAAACCACAUCAUUCCUUCCACACAUAGGCCUUUCCAGAAGGUAAGCAGACAUCUGUCUUCCCUUGACUCCUCUCGCCGUCGUGAGCAGCCAUUGGCCAUGCAGAUGGGCCAUGACAUGUUCAGUUCUGGAAAUGCCUUUGACACACUUCUCCAUCCCAGGCAGAGCUUUCCAAUUCUUUCUCUAAAGAGCAGCUGUAACAUCACCGCAGCCGACGCAAUGACCUAGCAAACUUACAGUUUUGUGGUACAAGUGGCAUAUGAAGCUAUUCUCCAGUAACACUCUCCUUGUCACAUUAGCUGCUCGAAAUGGCCACUCACACGAACCCAUUUCUUGCUUCCUUGGGCAACGGCAAACUUCCCACUCUGGCCGAAAUCGAAGCAGCCGCCUUUGGUCGCAUUGAGCCCGAGGCGUUCCAGACGCAACAGGUUAAACCCCCCAACAGCUUAGCAAAAGUUUCACGAUGGCUCGCUGACCAGGACGGACACGUUGGUGAUGGUCAUUUCGUCAAGCUGAAUCGGCCGAGAGGCUCAAAAUCCAGCAGAAACAACCCAAUAAUCAUCUCGGACAGCGAUGAAGAGUUGACAACGCAGAGGCAGCCCAGCCAGGUUAGGCAUGCUUAUACAGCUGGGGCAAGGGCCACCAAGCCAGUGUUAUAUACGCCUCCGUCGUCCAUCCAUCUCUCAUCCAGGGGACGGAAGCGUAAAGCGCCCGACUUGGACGACAAAGUGGAGGAAGUCAUUGUCGUCCAGCCACCUCGAAGCAUUCAGGAGCGUCACCCUCGUCCGACACCACUCAUUGACCUGACCGCGAGCCGUCACUCGAAUCGUACAACGUCCCUUCUCGGCAACUGGGACGAGGACGUUCUAGUCGUGGACGCACCGCCCGCUGAGAGGCGCCGGGAACUGCGGCAACUCGGGCUUGGAAACCAAACAGGCUCGGGCGGCCGACCACAGAAACGACCGAGACACGCGCCCGUGAUAGCAGUACCCGCAGCCAACCAGUCACCGCAACCCCAUGCUCAAGCGGCACCAGAUGAGCCGAGCGCACCGGAGGCAGACGCAGCCGAAACCACGGAGCUGGUGCAGAGCAUCGCGUCGGUGACCCACUUCUUCUCUUUGGCGACGGAGAUUCGGGACAAGAUAUAUCGCCACUUGCUGGUCUCGCCGAAACCCAUACAUGUCCAGCAUCUAUGGACCGAGCCGGCUCGCCGCUCGACUCGUCGUGGCCGCCAGGGCGAGGACAUUCAGGCAAACACUAUAGACACCAAGAUCCUGGCCGUGUGUCGCCGCACUGCUUUGGAAGGAACGCGGGUGCUCUACUCAGAAAACACCUUCUUCUAUCUGUUACGAGACCCCGAAGUUGUAAUGUGUUCAAAUGGCGGGCGCCGAAGUCAGCGGGUUGCUGGCCGGAGCCGGCGGGAACAGAACGGCCCCAGUAUCAAUCUCGCCAGGUACGGUCACCUUAUCCGGCGCAUGGCUAUCGAGCUGGAGCCAAAUCGCACGGAGAAAUCAUACGAAAAGCUCAUGAGCGCCGCUCUUCAGACCUUAGCGCCUGCGACCGCAGAGUCGCUUCCCUCCCCUCCCCGUCCGGUUUGCAGCCCUAUCCACCUGCACAUCCUGACCAUCACCAUCUCGCCGCUGCUACAGUCUAGUCACCGUACGGCGCGCUCCUCCGGUCCGGACAACCAAGACGUCGUCAGCCACGAGGGUCGUUUCCUCAGCACGGUGAGCUUCUUCAACAGGGGCUCUCCUGUUUUGAAAGCCCUGCAGCGCCUCGACACCGACUUCCUUCGCAUCAACGUGCACGUCAACUCGGAGAUCAAGAAUGACCGCUCGGUCGGAGCCGAGACCGGAGAUGAGUCCUCCUCCUCCGAUGAUGACAUGGAUGAUGACAACUUAGACGGCUCCUCCUCCGCCGCCGGGGCCCGCCGACAAUCCAGGAGACGCCAUCUAGAGACCACCAUUGACCUACGCUGCCUGCCCCGCCGUCUGGAGGCCCUCAGGCAAGAGCCCGGGCCUCUCGGCCAGCUCUGGGCGAGUGACGUGCUGAUGCAGGAGCAGCGCCGGCGGAAGGGCGAAGAGGCGGAGAAUACAUUGGCGGACAUGCGCCGACACCUGGAGGAUGCGUGUCUGAAGCCGGACCUGGCGUUGCGCGGAAUCUAGGAGGACCAUGCAACCGCGGAGCAGAGGCGCAGAGAGGAGCGGGAGAGACAGGAGGCGAGGUGGUUCAACGCGGAUGUGUAUGACGAGGCGAGGGGCGAGAGUAGUGAUGAUGAUGAUGAUGAUAGUGAGGACGACGACCAUGCUGCUGGGAGGGUUGCCAAGCCGAUGAAGUCGUUGAUCAUUUCGAUUGAUCGGGUGGGCGAUGAGCUGCGGGUUUAUCGUCCCUAGGAAAGGGAGUUGCUUCGGUGGCUUGUUGAGUCACUGGUGGAGGCGGACGACAAGACCAGAAAGAAGUCGC